CCACGACCCGACUUAAUUAUUAGCAAUAUAAACCGGAAGCAGUCCCUUGAAGAACCCUAGUUUAGCUUCUUCUCUUCUACAGCAAGAGUUAGGGUUUUGAAAAUCACCGGCAAGAGAGGAGAGAUGGCUCCUAAACAACCCAGUACGGGUCUUUUCGUUGGAUUGAACAAGGGUCACAUCGUCACCAAGAAGGAAUUGGCACCACGUCCCUCAGCUCGCAAGGGGAAAACAAGCAAGAGAGUUCACUUUGUGAGGAACCUCAUCAGGGAGGUAGCUGGAUUUGCACCAUAUGAGAAGCGUAUCACUGAGUUGCUCAAGGUUGGAAAGGAUAAGAGGGCAUUGAAGGUCGCAAAGAGAAAGCUCGGAACCCACAAGCGUGCCAAGAAGAAGAGAGAGGAGAUGUCCAAUGUUCUAAGAAAGAUGAGGGCUGGUGGAGCUGGAGAUAAGAAGAAAUAGGUCUUCAUGGUUUCACAUGAUGGGAGACUAUCUAUCUUGUUUUCAUUUACUUUUAUUUUCUCAAGUUUUUAUUGUUAGAAGGAAUGUUCUUUGUUUAAUUGAGACUUAUGAGUUAAUCAUUUUUGCAAUUGAACCUAGUAUAAACUUGUGUUUUUUGUGUAUCACUAGAUAUCAGAAAAUUUUUAUGGCUUUACAUUAUGAAGUUCUUUGUUCCUUAAUA